AUGCGUCUAGGUCAGGGGUACAACUCAUUUCUUCAGCUACCGUGCGUCGACGGCGCCGUCAAGAUAGAUCAGUCCGACAUACAAACCCACGUGGCUCGGGCCGAUCCAUCACCCAGUGUGCCCCAAGUGGUAUCGUACAACUCGCGGUUUGUUGAGAGAAUCUCCCACGUGGCGCGCAGCAUGAACAUCAGCGCAGCAUCAUACGAGGCCAAGUUCGCCGAUAGCGACUUGAAUGCAGUGAUCUCGGUCAAAGUGAUCAAUCGGACUACUACUACAACCAAGAACCCAGAAUUUUCAGAACUUAAUAGAAAGAUGAGGAUGACCAACGAGACAUUUUUCCAGACUUUUGGUGACUGCUAUAUAUCCGGAUUCAUCGAAGGCGGGGAUUUGAACGCCAUCAUCUCGAUCAAGGCCCCGGAUGUAACCAAAAAGGCCAAUAUUGAAGCAGCGCUGAAAGGCGUCAUGAACGGCUCGGCCAGCGAGUUUGCGCUAAGCGAAGAAUUCGCAUCUUCUGCACUCGAGGCAGCGCUGCGAGAGACCGAAACAACUAUCACGAACCAGAGCUUCGUGAAAUGGGCAGCCGAGUCCAAAAUCUGCGUGCCCACCUUCUCUCACACCGAACAGUACACUUACAAUCUCCUUGACUCGUACAUGCUCUACAAAAGGCACUUGGCCUUGCUGCAGACCGCCAUGAGGAACCCACUUGCUUUCAGAGAGAGCAAAGGUGACAAUCACGUAUCCCUUGAUGUGCAGAGUCUGGUCGAGACACGGAAAGCUAUCAAGUACGAAAUGGCCAAAAUUAUUAGGAUCAUUAACAGCAGAAAUGAGGAUCCCAACGGCAUUAUUACAACGGAAAUUGAAUCUGCUGAGACAUGGGCGACACGGCUUCCACUUCUCGGAAACUAG